AAAUGAGUUUGUAGCUCGUUGUUAACCUUACGACGGUAGGAAAGAUGCGUCGUUUGUGAUUUAACAACAUUUUGCUAUAUUAUUGAUCCCGGAAAUUCGAAUCUGUGAAUGUCUUUCUAACUUUACCGAAGUGAAAAACAUUUUAAACACAUUAAGUGAGCCUUAACACCUGCGUUUUGUUGCGACAACAGACGGAGUUUUGCAACAGGUGAUUUUUUUUAUUGAGAGUCUCACUUUGGCGCUGUUUGGACCGUUUUUCUAAGCUACUGUUAUUUUUUUGGAGUGGGGUCUGAAAUGAGUGCGGACUUUGCGUUCAUAUAUUGAGUUAUUCGUAGGCUCCGAGUGAACACCAGCUUGUGACGGAGGGGCGAGCAGCCAGGAGGUCCCUGCUUCUAAAUGAUCAGCUCGGUGUGCGUUUCGUCUUACCGGGGGCGCAAGUCAGGCAACAAACCUCCAUCUAAAACAUGCCUGAAGGAGGAGAUGUAUAGAGGGGAAGACUCAGACAAAAUUGUCAUCAACGUGGGCGGCACUCGACAUGAAACCUACAAGAGCACCCUCAGGACCCUGCCGGGCACCCGCCUGGCAUGGCUGGCAGACCCGGAUCUGCAGGUCAACUCGGAUGCUGCGCCCACGAGUGCCGAGUUAUUCUUCGACAGACACCCGGGCAUCUUUGCCUACGUGCUGAACUACUACCGAACCGGCAAGCUGCACUGCCCGGCCGACGUCUGUGGGCCGCUCUUCGAGGAGGAGCUGGCGUUUUGGGGGAUUGACGAGACCGACGUGGAGCCGUGCUGCUGGAUGACCUACCGGCAGCACCGGGACGCUGAGGAGGCCCUGGAGACAUUUGAACCGCCGGACCCGGAGACAGACGACGACAGAGAGAUGCCGAGGCGGUUCGGCAUCGAGGACUGUCCCGACAGGUCGAGGGGUUGCUGCGAAAUGUGGCAGCCAAAGGUCUGGGCCUUGUUUGACGACCCUUACUCGUCCAGAGCAGCCAGGGGAGUGGCGUUUGCUUCUCUAUUUUUCAUCCUGGUGUCCAUCACCACUUUCUGCCUGGAGACCCAUGAAGCCUUCAAUGAACUGAAGAACCGGACAGAGCAGGUUGUUGUUGGAAACGUCACAAGCAAUGUGCAGACGCAGGAGAUGGUGACCAGGCCCAUCCUCACCGUGGUGGAGGGCGUCUGUGUGGUCUGGUUCACAUUUGAAUUCUUGGUGCGUAUAGUCUGCUGCCCAAACAAGGUGGUCUUCAUCAAGAACACGCUCAACAUUAUUGACUUUGUGGCCAUUCUGCCAUUCUACCUGGAGAUGGGCCUGAAGGGUCUGUCAUCCAAAGCUGCCAGCGACGUGCUGGGCUUCCUCCGUGUAGUGCGGUUUGUUCGGAUCCUCCGAAUAUUCAAGCUGACACGGCACUUUGUAGGCCUACGCGUGCUGGGCCACACACUGCGGGCCAGUGUCAAUGAAUUCCUCCUCCUCAUCAUCUUCUUGGCCCUAGGUGUACUCAUCUUUGCCACCAUGAUAUACUACGCUGAGCGCAUCGGAGCCAGUCCCAGCGACCCCACAGGCUCCAACCACACACAUUUCAAGAACAUCCCGAUCAGCUUCUGGUGGGCCGUGGUCACCAUGACGACACUGGGCUACGGAGACAUGUACCCAAAGACUUGGCUGGGCAUGAUGGUGGGGGCACUAUGCGCGCUGGCCGGGGUGUUGACCAUCGCCAUGCCCGUCCCCGUUAUCGUCAAUAACUUUGGGAUGUACUACUCGCUGGCCAUGGCCAAACAGAAGCUGCCAAGAAAGAAGAAGAAGCACAACCCUAACCCAGAUGCUCCGACUGACUCAGUCUCGUUUGGAAAGUCUGAAACAAACUCACACAGAGACAGCACUCAGAGCGACACGUGUCCUCUGGCUGCUGAGGAGAACGUCAGCAGGAACCACUCAGACUCCAAACAGAACGGGGAUGCAAAUGUGGCCCUUUCAGAGGAAGAAGGCUGCAGCCUGACCCAGCCGCUGUCCCCCAGUGAAAAGUGGUCCCUGCGGUGCUCCAGAGGGCGAGACAAAACUAAUAAGGAGGCCACCUGCUUCCUCCUAACCUCUGGAGACCCCAACGUCCAUACUGAGAGCUGUAAAGACAUCCUCGCUGACACUGGAAACUACGCUCAGCCGGAGGUCACCACGCUGACCUGAUGCUGAUUGGCAACGAAAAGGAGAAAGAUUAUGAACUUUUGGUGGAGUACAUGCUGUGCAGAGCUUCUUUUUCUCCUUGAAUUAACGGCAGUGCAAGAUUUUUUUUUUAAUGUAAUACAUCCAAAUGCCUGUAGUAGAAAAUUAGUUGUGUAGCAGAUUUACCAUAUGUACACUCAUUUACAUGUUACAACCUUUUUACAUGUGAUGCAUGAUCAUUGUACCAUUGUAUAAUGUAUACUUUAAAUAUUAGCUACCAUUAAAGUAGCUCUAUGAGUUCCUGCAUAGUUUCAGCACAAUUUCAUUUUUGUGUCAAAUCGUGGGCAUCUCUCCUUGAUACGCUAGCUGCCUGCCCCCUGAAUACACUGUGAAAAAGCCCGGUCUUGGUAAACAACACAGAGGUCGUAAACGACUAGGGGCUCAGGCUGUGCACCAAAAUACAACAAACCCCAUUCCAGCCAAUCCCCAACAAGAUGGUUGGGGAAGGGGGUGGGGGUUAGUGACAGUUAGUCAUAACAGUUACACAAACAUGGGGGGCGGGGCUUGUUCUGCUUUGUUUGGUAUUUUCUUGGAACGUCAACAGAAGUGACUUCAUGCAGGAACUCAAAGUGCAUCUUUUAAUAUGUUUAUCAUUUAGUGAACAUGUCAUAGCCUGUCUUAAAGACCCUAAAAAGGCUUCUUGUUGGCCAAAGGGGUCCAACAUGAACACAAUUUUCUGAGAUUAUUAGAACAGUUUUGGUUAUUUCACAUCACAGAUUUCUGUUUCUUUUUUUCCUUUGUGCUUUUCUGGCAGGUUCAAAGUGGGCGGGGCUCAGUUGGAAAAAAGUGAUAUAAUUUACUUCCAUGCACCAAACAGGAUUUAGCAACAUUUGAAUCUGAUGACAGUUGGUUGGUUGUUUGGUCACUCUCAGACACACUGAUCAAAUCACACCCACACAAUCCUGACGUGGCAGAUUAGCUGGGUUUUGGGGUCGUAAAGCCUUAAUAAUAUUAUUAUAUUGGUUAUUGGUCAGUUUUGACUGUUACUUAUUUAGACAUGAAUUUUUAAUGUUAUGGAGAAAGACUUUUCAUUGGUUUAAUCUGACAUUCUGAAGUGAGAAUGUUUUAACCAUAUGGCAACAUUGUUUGUUAAUAAGAUGUUGCAUUAUGUGCAGAAAAAGUGAGUUUUUGGGACAAAAAAA